AUGUUCUUGAUGAAUCCCCUUACCGGGCGUGUCAUUAGCCGCACCUCAUCACAGGUCAUUGCGUGGUCAAAAUCCAGGCUAUUUUCUACCACGUCGAGCAUAUAUCAAGAAGUCACUCUUCUGCAAGAUAAGCAAAAUGGCUUUGGUUUCGCGCGAUCCAAUCCCAGACCUGCCAAGCCCAGAACAAAGGGGGUCACGGAGAUCCGAGGCCCCUACUACUCGGUCAUGGGCAAAAGAUAUCUCGCAGAUAUCCUCGAGACGAUGGGCGACCAUGUAGAUGGUCUCAAGUUUGCCGGAGGUGCUUUUUCUCUCUUUCAUGAGAAAUCCCUACGGGAAUUGGUGGAUCUUGCGCAUGAGCAUGGCGUGUACAUCUCAACGGGUGGAUGGGCUGAACAUCUCCUCACACACCCCGAUCCGAACACGGUAUUUGACCGCUACUUGAAAAAAUGCAAGGAUCUCGGACUUGAUGUCAUCGAACUAUCUUCCGGUUUUCUGUCACUCCCAGAGGAUGACUGGCUCCGUCUGGUUGAUAAAGUCCACUCAUACAAGUUGGAACCAAAACCUGAGUUAGGGAUUCAAUUUGGGGCCGGUGGAGACACUCCUACCUCGGGACUGGAAGCGAUUGGGACCUCUGAUCCGGGAAAAUUGGUGAAUUUGGGUCGUAGAUUCCUCGAUGCCGGUGUGAAACGGUUGAUGAUUGAGUCAGAAGGUAUUACUGAGAACGUUACCUCCUGGCGGACUGAUGUAGUGUCGAAGAUCAUGAAGGAGCUUCCUCCGGAGCGGGUCAUGUUUGAAGCUGCAGAUCCCAAGGUCUUUAAUUGGUACGUCCGCGAAUUUGGGAUUGAUGUCAACCUGUUUGUGGACCACAGCCAGAUUGUGCAGUUGGAAUGCCUGCGGACUGGCAUCUGGGGCACUGCCGACACUUGGGGUAAGAUAGUGUCAUUCCGGCCAUGA